ACGAUCCGUCAGCUCUUGGCCAGAACUCAGUUGCCAAAGUUCGUUUGCCGCGGCGCGUUCGAAGAUCUCUAGACUCGGGUGGAUAUUUCUGAAAAUGUGCCAAAUCCAUUAGGAGCUCUCGAUAUACGCGUAUUUUGUCAAUACUAUUUGCAGUUGAACUAAACACAAUACAAGAAAAAUGUACACUAAAGUAUUUUGCCUGGUUUUCAUCGCCUGCCUGGUGUCCCUAAGGAGUGGGGAAUGUUUUGAGGCCAAACGCUUUUUCGGAGUGGGAAGUAGGAUCCCUGGGGACCAGCUUUUGGUCAAGGAUGUGCAACAUUCCCGUCCUGCGGGAACUGAUGAGCUUCCCCGGGUGGAGUUCCAGUACGAAAUUGUGGAGCCAAUUACUUGUGUGGAAAUUCUAUCAGAGGAUAAUAUUUCGGCGGAGGUUGAGUUCAGUUUGGUAAACCAUCGGAUUCUGGGAACGGUUCGAAUGGCAGCCAGCAAUCAGACUGAUAAAUACGGCGAACAAGAAUUCACCACCCUGCCACCCAUAGCCGAAUUCGACGUGACCAUUAUGGUGUUUGGCAUAAACGGAUCAAUACCCAAUUAUGAUUUCUCUCAGAUCAUAAACAGAGAUCAACAGUUUGUAGGCGUAUUGACAUCUAUCGAGUCCAUCGAGAGCUUCGAUGAGGCAGUUGAACCAUUCGACUACAGCCGACGAGAUGCCUUGGAGGUUGAUGAUGAGCACGAAGAUGUAUCCGCGGAGGAGUUCGAGGAAGAUACUGAGGAGCCAAUAGCCAGCACAGAUAAUUUCGAUAGUGGUAAUGAUAUAGACAUUAUUAGAGGAAAACGUCAACGGGGCGAUCAAUUGCUGUAUGAUUGCUAUCAGACCACCAACAAUGAUUCCAAGGUGCCAACGAACAAUUCCCUGAUAUUUUAUUAUAUUGACACAUCCUACAUAACCUGUGUGCAUUUUACUAUUUUCGAUCACUUUGCUGGACGGAACUACUCCGAUACCAAUUACUUGCCUCCAGUUAUAGAGUUUACUCACCUUUCCCCUGGCACCUUAAAAGCAAUCAUCACUGACUUUAACUCCUUGAGCCUGUACGUCGUUAUGUUCAUUUACGGCUACCCGGCCAGCCAAGUUCCUGAAACCUUUGUACCAUUCCUGCCGCUGCGCCCGCUACCCGAUUGGCAGAAGGCCGGGCUGGACAGGCGUACGCCCAUGUGGACGCCAAUGCAAAAAAUGCAGCUUCUGCUGAUGACAGGCCAGAUCACCCCGCCGCCCGAGUCCGCCGUCUCUGACAGUGGCGAAAAUGACGAAAGUCAUCGCACUAUCCGGCCGGAUGAGAUGCUGUUCGAACACUCGGAUGUGGCGACAGACGAUACGAGCUCGGCACUCCGGCUGGAUCAGAUGGACAAGGGAUUGGGGGCUUUGCUGGGUCUGCUGCUCCUGAUCCUUCACAACUAGAAGGACCGGCUGGGGAGGCAUUAGUUAAUCCAUGGAAAGCUUUAUGAGUAGUCUUUAGUCCAACAUUCUGUGUAUUGUAUUUUAUGAAAUAAACUUUUGGCCUAAGCCAAGGCACACA